AUCUGUGUAGGUGAUCAUUGGAUUAUCUUCUGAUACAACAGAAUAUUGUACAUUUGUUUUUAAAAUUUUCAUAUCAUGACUGAUAAGUGUCAUUUCUGAAACGAGGAAUUCUAGGCAGCACUAAUAUCUGCAGAUUUUCUUUUACAUGUCCUGCAGAUGAUGUCUCUAGCUCUAACUCCACGCCCUGCGCUUUUACUCAUUGUCCUGAUGCAUAUGAGCCUGAAUACUUCUGCUUUCCCCCAACCCUUCCAGAGAAUAUCCCCUUCAGAUGGCCAGGAUUCUAUACAGGAGCAAUGGAAGGUCCUCUACCCUUCCAUCUCACUCCGUGACUGGAGUGUCCAAAUGUUGUCCAGCCCAGACUUCGGUGGUGCAGACCCCAGAACGGAGCAGCUGCCUGUGGAAGAGUGGAUCCCCCUUAGCCAAUCACAGAUGGAGGAGAAACUGAUGAAGGGAUGGCCAGGAGACUGGCAGCAGCGGGUGGGCAACCAAGAAAAGCGAAACAUUGUGGUGGCAGAUGAUGCAGCAUUCAGAGAGAAGAGUAAGCUUCUCACAGCCAUGGAGAGACAAAAAUGGUUAAACUCAUACAUGCAGAAACUGCUGGUAGUUAACUCAAAAUAGAUGGCUUGUGUCUAAAGGAAAAAUUAUAUCAUUACUAAAAAAAAAAUGUUAAAUAGGUCACAAAGCAGGAAGUAUGCUUGUUCACUGUAAAAUGUCUGUUCAUCAAUGUAAAGAAGCCAGUCAGUAUUUAGUCUAAUGAAAAGCACCUAUACGUAUAUUAUGUAGUAGGCUGUUAUGUAGUAGGCAGUUUGUUUAU